AAAGCAAAGCCCUACUGGCUCAACAAGCUUCGAGAAGGACUUGAAUGAGAGCUUUCAAUCCCGCGUUUAAACGUCAGCUUUCAAGAAAUUAUCGCAAUUAAGAGUUAGCUCAUUCAACUUUCUUCUUUCUUAAGUAAUCCUUUGAAAUUUCCAUCUACUUCCGGUUUUGAUCCCACUCUUCAGAGUUCCACAGCAAACUGAAUUUGUUCUUGUUAUUCCGAUUGUAUUUUGAUAUUCAUCUCACCUUUUAACUGAAUAUAUAUGGGGCAGAGGCAAUCAAAAGAUGAAUUACUGUACCAGCAAGCAAAUUCUGGAAAUAUUGAAGGCGUCAAAGCGCUCCAUAGAGAUGGUGCCGGCCUUGGGUGGGUUGAUAAAGAGGGGAAGACUCCACUCAUUGCUGCUUGUAUGAAUCCACAGCUUUUUAAUGUAGCCAAAACAUUAAUUGAAUUGGGUGCUAAUGUCAAUGCCUACCAUCCAGGUCCACAUAAUGGAACACCCCUGCAUCAUGCUGCAAAAAGAGGUCUCGAGCAGACUGUGAGGUUACUUCUUUCACAUGGAGCAAAUGCACUGCAAAUGAAUGAUUAUGGCCAAACCCCUCUUGAUCUUGCUCGAGCCAAGGGGCAUGCUAGUGUUGUCAGAGCAAUAGAGGGGCAUGUAUGCUUAUUCUCUGGUUGGCUGCGGGAACUUUAUGGACCUGGCUUUCUAGAACAUCUGGCUCCACAGUUGCUUUCAAGAAAAAUAUGGGUGGUUAUUUUGCCUAUUGGUUCCCGGAAACUGCACAAACCUUUCAAGUUGGAGCUCGUGAUAUACUCUGGUGUACAGGAAGGCCAACCACGUACAAUUAUUCCACUCUGGAAGGCCAAUUUAGAGGAACCUAAUUGUAACCGGCCUGAUCCUGUGGCUAUAAUAUCUAAUAUUUCAAGAAUCAGGAAACACUGGAGGAGAAAGCGAGCAAUAAAGGCCUGCCAAAUGCCGAUUUGUAAGCACACUGAAUUUUAUAAUCGUUGUAAGUACUCUCUUGGAUGGGUUUCAGUCUUGCUUCCUGGCUUUGCAGAUUCUCGUAUCAAACUCGCACCUUUACGUGAUAGUGAAAAACUGCACCUGCAGCGCUUUUGUAAUGCUUGCAAAGGAAUUCCUCAGAAACAGGUGAGGCAUCCGUAUAUUCCUUUCAACAACCAAGUCCCUUCUGCUCCUACUGUCUCGAUACCAACUUUUGAAGACGAAGAAUUAGCUAGGGCAAUAAAUGCCUCCCUUGAGUCUUCCCCACAUAAAAUCCCACCAAACAUGGAUAUGUAUGUUGGAUCUGUUACACACCCGUCCGCAAGUCCAGCCAACGUUGUAAACAGUUCCGAUCACACAAAGAGUUAUGCUAGUGAGGCUUCUGCUAGCCACACGGCAUAUAGAAACAAAUUUGGAGUUCAGGAAGCUGAUCCAUCUGACAAUCCUGCAACUCCGAAAAUUUCUUAUCCUGUCACUAGUCCAACAGCUCCCGUUGCACAUCCAGCAGGUAAAGAUGAUGGUCCAAUAUGGUAUCCGUCAAAUGACAUGAGCCCUGUCCAUGCAUCUUCUCCCUCUGCAGCAUCCACGUCCCCAAGCAGUCAAGAAAAUGGCGAAGAUGCUUCACAUUCAUCUUGUACAAUAUGCCUGGAUGCUCCGGUUGAGGGAGCUUGCAUUCCAUGUGGACACAUGGCAGGAUGCAUGAUGUGUUUGAAUGAGAUUAAGGGCAAGAACUGGGGUUGCCCUGUUUGCCGCACCAAUAUUGAGCAGGUGGUACGGAUAUACGCUGUCUAGGGCUACUACUAAAGAAGCCCGUGCUGAAAACUUGGUUCCCUUUUCCAGCAUAAAGAGAGGGUUUUUCCUUGAGGUGGAUAUUCAUCUCUUCAUAAGCAUAUGGUUUGUAAAAUAUUCCUAGCAAAGCUGUUUAAUAAUUAUGUGAUGAUGAUACUCAUUUUAACCUUAAAAGUAUGUAUAAUAUUUAAAUUUUUUUGCCUA